AUGAGAGUCAAUGUUCCUCUCCAUGCCCUGCAGAUAGCAGCAAGGUCUGUGGCGGCGGCAAUAUGUAAGUCAAGCUCGGCCAGUGGACGGAGUUUACGAGGAGGAAAGAUUGACCAAGCCUCCAGGAUCAACAUCUACUCCAUCUCCAACCCGUCACCUAACCCGCCCUUGACCCCCUCGUUCCCGGACUGCACGCGAGAUCCCUUGUGCAGCAACGAUGUCUGUGACACCACCAAGAGCAUCGCCGAACGCGCUGCCGCCAUCGUGAAGCCCAUGACGCUCAAUGAGAAAGUGGCAAACGUAGGAAGUUCGGCAUCUGGCAGCGCAAGACUUGGCUUGCCGGCCUACCAAUGGCAAAACGAGGCUUUGCACGGUGUUGCCGGUAGCACUGGUGUGCAGUUCCAGUCGCCACUGGGAGCCAACUUCAGCGCGGCAACCAGCUUCCCCAUGCCGAUUCUCCUAUCAGCUGCUUUCGAUGAUGCACUCGUCAAGAGCGUGGCCACUGCCAUCAGCACAGAGGCUCGUGCCUUUGCCAACUACGGCUUCGCGGGACUGGACUUCUGGACACCAAACAUCAAUCCGUUCCGAGACCCGCGAUGGGGCCGAGGGAUGGAGACUCCUGGAGAAGAUGCCUUCCGUAUCCAGGGCUACGUGCUGGCUCUGGUCGACGGUCUUCAGGGUGGAAUUGAUCCCGACUUCUACCGUACCCUCUCAACUUGCAAGCACUUUGCUGCCUACGACAUCGAGAAUGGCCGCACUGCGAACAACCUUUCGCCCACCCAGCAGGAUAUGGCAGACUACUAUCUUCCCAUGUUCGAAACUUGCGUCCGCGACGCCAAAGUCGCAUCCAUCAUGUGCGCGUAUAACGCGGUCGAUGGCGUCCCAGCUUGUGCAGACAGCUAUCUUUUGCAGGAUGUGCUGCGCGACACCUACGGCUUCACUGAGGACUUUAACUACGUCGUCUCCGACUGCGAUGCUGUCGAGAACGUCUUUGACCCUCACCACUACGCCGCCAACUUGACUCAAGCUGCUGCCAUGUCUAUCAACGCCGGCACUGACCUCGACUGCGGGAGCUCAUACAACGUCUUGAACGCGUCCGUCCAGGCUGGCUUGACGACGGAAGCCACUCUUGAUAAGUCACUUAUUCGCCUGUAUUCUGCACUCGUCAAGGUCGGAUACUUUGAUCAGCCAGCCGAGUAUAACUCUCUCGGCUGGGGCAACGUCAACACGACCCAGAGCCAAGCUCUUGCUCACGAUGCCGCCACUGAGGGAAUGACUCUCUUAAAGAACGAUGGCACUCUUCCUCUUUCUCGAACACUCUCCAACGUCGCGGUUAUUGGGCCUUGGGCCAACGUCACCACUCAGAUGCAGGGCAACUAUGCCGGCACUGCACCGCUCUUGGUGAACCCCCUGUCCGUGUUCCAACAGAAAUGGCGUAAUGUCAAGUACGCUCAGGGCACUGCCAUCAACUCCCAAGAUACCAGUGGCUUCAAUGCUGCCCUGUCUGCGGCCAGCUCUUCUGAUGUCAUUGUUUACCUCGGAGGCAUCGACAUCUCUGUCGAGAACGAAGGCUUUGACCGGAGUUCUAUUACCUGGCCCGGGAACCAGCUGAACCUCAUCUCUCAGCUAGCCAAUCUUGGCAAGCCACUCGUGAUUGUGCAGUUUGGCGGCGGUCAAAUUGACGACAGCGCAUUGCUGAGCAACUCCAAGGUCAACUCAAUCCUGUGGGCUGGUUAUCCCGGCCAGGACGGUGGCAACGCUAUCUUUGAUGUCCUCACCGGCGCAAACCCGCCCGCUGGCAGACUACCCGUGACUCAAUACCCUGCAAACUACGUCAACAACAACAACAUCCAAGACAUGAACCUGCGGCCAAGCAACGGCAUCCCAGGACGAACGUACGCGUGGUACACCGGCACACCUGUUCUUCCAUUUGGCUACGGACUGCAUUACACAAACUUCUCCCUGUCGUUCCAGUCCACCAAGACUGCUGGCAGCGACAUCGCCACUCUCGUCAACAACGCCGGAUCUAACAAAGACCUAGCAACUUUCGCAACGAUUGUCGUCAACGUCAAGAACACUGGCGGUAAGGCCAACCUGGCCUCCGACUACGUUGGCCUGCUGUUCCUCAAGUCAACAAACGCCGGCCCUGCGCCUCAUCCUAACAAGCAACUGGCUGCGUAUGGACGUGUCAGGAACGUUGGCGUUGGAGCGACUCAGCAAUUGACAUUGACGGUGAACCUUGGAUCGCUGGCUCGUGCAGACACCAAUGGCGACCGAUGGAUCUAUCCCGGUGCUUAUACUCUCAUCCUAGAUGUCAAUGGGCCGCUGACAUUCAACUUCACUUUGACUGGCACAGCAACGAAGAUUAGCACCUUGCCUAGCCGGUCGUGA